CACAGCCGCUCUGUGGGCUUUUACCCACCAUCAGGACAGAGAAUCGAGAAGUAAACAGGCAUAUGCUGCCAAUGAUGACAUUGCUGAUCAAAAACUACAGAGGGUGGCAAUGAGUUGUUGUUAAGACAGCUUCUCUGUGGGAUGGAAUUAUGAGAGAGAUCUCUGCUGGUGCUCUCAUCACCUCUGGGUUCCUGUACUGCUGGUCUAACUGUCUGUUUAACUAACACACACACACACACACGCACACACGCACACACACACAGUUAAAAACUUUCACCUCACCUUUCUCUCCAUGAGACUGAAAAUGGGUGGUUCAGCUCUUCUAUUCCUGGGCUUAGUGUUUAAUGUCUUGGCUAACUGUUGCUGCUCUGAUGUUGAGAUUCAAAAGAAUGUUGUAGGGGUUCUGGGGGAGACGGUGGUUCUCAGAUGCCAAUAUGUUGGCAAAUCGAAUAUGAUGGCAUCCUUCUGGACUGAGCAGCAGUCAAGUGGGAAUUGGAAGCAGCUGGUUGGGUUCUUUAUGAAAGAGGUCCAAGUCAAUGAUCAGAAGUUCAGUGUUCCGGUGUCUCCAAGCAACCUCACAAUAACGAUGAACAUCACUAGUUUGGAGGAUGAGAGGGAAUACAAAUGUAGCUUCUUUUCUGGAUAUGAAAUUAUGGAAGAAACAAUGACCCUCACUGUCCUGGCUCGGCCAUCAGUUCAGAUUAACGAGGCUAUGACUUUGGAGAAUGGAACGCACUACCAGAAGGUCACCUGCUCUGCCGCUGGAGGGAAGCCGGAAGCUGUGGUCAGCUGGCUGGUCUAUGACCAAGAACCCAACAAUGUGGCAUUUUCUGUAACCACAGAAACACUCCAGCAUUCUAACAGCACCUUUACUCAGACCAGCACACUUCACCUACCCAUGCAUCUUAUGCACGAAGGCAAUGUGACCUGUGUUGUCAACCACCCCGCUUUGGCCAACUCUACACAUGUGAAAGUGAAAGUGCAGACCUUUGUUACUCCGGUUGUGACCAUGAAUACAACUUUGCUUCAAGAUGAAGGAGAAGAGUUUCAGGUGGUAACCUGCAAAGCCAUGAAUGGUAGACCUGCUGCCAGACUUUCCUGGUCUCUGUCUGGAGACACAGCAGAGGCCAGAAACAUCUCAAUGGACGUCGGAAGUAAGAUCGAAAUGGACAUGGACACAGACACGGAGACGGCCAUCAGCUCACGCAGGUUUCCAGCACACCUUCAUGAAGGCUGGAAUAUCACCUGCAUGGUCAUGCAUCCCACAUUUCCCAGUGAGCAGAGGAGGACCGUAACCUUUCCCACCUACCGCUUUUCAGCAAUGAGGGUGCUAACCCCGAACGGUGUGGCUGUGCGACACGUCUUGGUGGAUGAAGGACAAAGCAACGUGACCUUUCAGCUUGAAGUUACAGGCAAUGUGCCCCGAUACCAAGUCAACUGCAUCAAAGAAGAUGGGCCCCUCUCUGCAGAUAUGAAUGUGAUGGGCAGCUCCUUGCAGGUGAUGGGGCCUGUGGGCUUACAUCACGCUGGAAAAUACAAGUGUCAGGCUUCCUAUUACAACCACAAAGCAUCAGUGGAGCUAGAAAUGCAAGUAGCCCCUAGAGAAGUGCAAGAAGCUCCAGUUGCUCCAAAUGUUACUAUACAGACCUGGGAAGAAACAAAUCACAGGAUCAUCCAGUGCUCUGCUGCAGAUGCCGUGCCAGUGGCUAACGUGUCCUGGGUCCUACCUGAGGGUCUGCUUGCCACUAUCAGGCCUAAUUCAACGCUUCAGAAUAGCGCACAUACUGUCAGUGUCGCCUUGCUAUUGCCUGUAUGCUUAUCUGAGGAGCACCGAGUCCAGUGUGUGAUAGAGCACCCUGCUCUCUUAGAAACAGAUAUCAGGGAGAUGACGAUUCCAGCAUGCUUAGCUGGCCCUGAAGUUAAUGUUAGCAUCACUACCACACGGGAAAAUGGGACGCGAUACACUCUGGUAACGUGCAGAGCCGAUAGCAACAAACCUGCAGCCACAAUCACCUGGAGUCUAAGCGAUGAUCAUGGAGGCAACAGCAUCAGCUGGUCUGAGGGGGUCCAGACUGCAAACUGGACCUCCCCCAGUGGGUCUGCCACAGUCGUCAGUACGGCUCCAAUUCCCACCCUGUCAUUCUUUGGAAGGACUCUGGCCUGUAUAGUUACCCACAAGGCUCUAGCAGAACCAGUGAGGAGAGAAACCUGGAUACCGGCAGUUGAUCCCCCUAAGCUGAGUGUCUCGUUCAUCAUGCAUCCCAAUUCCCCACUGUGUCUCAUUGUCUGCGAGUCCAGCUGGGAAAUGGGCACAUUUAAUCUCUCCUGGGUCCUACCUUUGAAUAACACGGGCCGAGCUGUCCAGCGCUCAGGGAACGUGACGGGUCGAUUCUGGGCUAACAGCACUUACGAGUUUCUUCUGGACCUCCACGAGGGGCAGAACCUGACCUGCCAGGUUAAAAAUGAGCACAUUUCUGCAGAGAAGACUGUACACAUUCCUCAGUACUAUAUCUCCUCCCUCAAACUGCUGAACCCCGUUUCAAGCACGGCAGUACAGAGAGUAUCUUUAAAAAUGCAUCUCCACAAUCAGAGGAUCUCGCUGAAAGUCUGCGGCAAAAUCCCAGCAUUCAAUAUCACAUGUGUCAGGAGUGAUGACUCACCUGUGAGGACUAAAGGUGCCGCAAUAGUCUUCCCGUCCCCGGUGUCCCUACACGAUGCUGGCCUCUACACCUGCCGAGCCUCCUUCCACCACCACUCCGCGACCCUCUCUGUCCAGGUGGAGGUCACCGAGGAGGACCAAGAGCUCUGGAACAUUUUCAUCAUAUGUAUUCCAACGGCGCUUGCAAUCGCUCUCAUCCUCAUCGUGUCUACCUGCGUCCUUUGCAGGAGGUAUAGAGGUGAUUCUUCAACAUCUGUGGGCUCGUCUCAGAAGCACGAUUCCCUGGCGGCGCUCACCUCCCUUCUGGUCGAGCACCGCUCCCCGGAGCUGAAGAAGCCAGCGGCACAAGCGCUGGUGCCCGACAAGAAAGGCCCACUGUACCCAGAGCUCGUCAGGUACUCCAUCGUCAUCGACAUCAAGAGCACCGUGUGAGGCGGGGUCCGGCUAAGGAAUGUGACCUCUUUCGGGACGGAACUGGGGUCCUGAUUCACAGCAGCAGGAGGCAGGCGGCAGAAAAAUGGCCAGACCGCGGUUUGAAAGUGUUACGAAUGUAUGUAUAUUAAGAAGUAAAAGAAGUCGGUGACAUGUAUGUGACAAAAUAGGGGAAUGUCAUGGACAUCCCAGUGGGAGUGGUGGCCUUUGUUAUCACAGGGAUUUCAGUGCCUUUGAUACCUGCUCCUGUUCUGUUGAUGGUGUCCCAUCGAGUUGGAUGUUGGCCUCUAUCCAUGAUUAAAAACAGCAGAAUGUCUGUAUGUAAUCAGGCUGACUAACCGUAUCCAUCUCAGACACCACUGUAUUGUUCUUUGCCUUUUUUGUAAUCCUCGAUAAAAGAUUCUUUCUUGAUGUUUUAUGGAUUAACCUCAAUGGAAACAUGCAAUAAUGCGACUCAGUUCCUGUUCUCUGCUUGGAGGAGCAACAGAAAGAGGCUUUUUAUUCUUAUUGUUAUUUUUUUUGUUUUGUUUUUUUCCACACAGAAGUUACUCAGUUUCUGUAUAUUAGCAUUAGAAUAUACAAAUAUUGCACAACCUUUCUCAUAAGGGCUUUUAAUAUUAAAAAUGACAGAUUUUGAGCCUGUUUACAUAGCAUUGAUUUCCGUUUGUACUGUAUUCAUUUUUUGUAUGUGAUUAUAUUUUCUAGGAGAUCUCGAGCAUUAUUAAGGUAGAGGCAGGCGCAAUUCACAAGUUGAUGUAUUACUUGUUUCUUCUUGAAAUAAAACUUUUUUUAACUUUG